UUGAUGAUGUGACUUCGAUUUUCAUUGUAUAUUUCGAUCGAAUGAUUUAAUUUUAUAAGCGCUAGUGCUUGAAUAUUGCAUUAUUUUCCGGACUUGUUUAUUUGAAUCUCAUGGGCCGAUCAUCGAAAGAUAAGCGCGAUGUUUAUUACCGUCUUGCGAAAGAAGAGGGCUGGCGUGCUAGAAGCGCUUUCAAACUGCUUCAAAUCAACGAAGAGUUCGAGAUUUUCAAAGGUGUAACAAAAGUGGUGGACUUAUGUGCAGCUCCUGGAAGUUGGAGUCAAGUCCUUUCAAGGAAACUUAGGGGCAAUGCCGAAAAUCCGGAAGAUGUGAAGAUAGUUGCUGUGGAUUUACAGGCGAUGGCUCCUUUACCUGGAGUGAUUCAAAUUCAGGGAGAUAUAACAAAAGUUUCGACAGCAGAGGAGAUAAUUGGCCACUUUGAAGGCGAGUGUGCUGACCUUGUGGUCUGCGAUGGUGCUCCAGAUGUUACUGGAUUGCAUGAUCUUGAUGAAUACAUUCAAGCACAACUGUUAUUAGCUGCUCUGAAUAUAACAACACAUGUUUUGAAAAAGGGUGGCACUUUUGUUGCAAAAAUAUUUCGAGGGAAGGAUGUUACUCUGUUAUACUCACAAUUAAAAAUAUUUUUUGAAAACGUCACUGUGGCUAAACCUCGCAGCAGUAGGAACUCAAGUAUAGAGUCAUUUGCUGUGUGUGAAGGGUAUGCUCCUCCGGACGGAUAUGUACCGAACAUGAUGAAUCCUUUACUAGAUUUGCAAUAUGAUGAUUUUAAUCAACUGACGGGUGUGAAUCGAGUCAUUGUCCCAUUCAUUGCCUGUGGAGAUUUAAGUGCCUAUGAUUCAGAUAGAUGCUAUCCACUACAGCUGAGUGAAGACAAGGAGUACGUGUACCACUCGCCGACCCAACAGCCCAUCAAGCCACCCUACGAAGAAGCGGUCAAGCUGAAGCGAGAGAACAAACUGGCCACUCCACAGACUCGGGUCUCUCGCAUGCAAUCCGAAGGGAGUUCCGAUCCCCUGGCGGAGGCCAAGGCCGACGCCUACCUCAGGUUGAAGUCCGGUUUGGUCGGGGAAGCAUCGGAAGGAAGCAGUUCUAUCCAGAGCUGUCCCGAUGACUUGCCCAGUCUCACGAAACUGACAUUGGAUGCUUCUGCGGUGGAUGAGGAUGGUUGAACAUCUAUUCUUUUUCGUGUAUAUGUUUGUGGAUAAUAUUUUUUAUAAAGUAAAGUAUCUUUAAA